AUGGAGUUCGCACAUAUCACAGUUUUGACUCUCUUUUGUUUGGCUUUUGUGAGAACUGGUGCCAUACCAUCCGGAGAAGAUUAUUGGAAAUAUGUCUGGCCAAACACUCCUCUCCCUAAGGCUUUUUCAGAUCUUCUACUUCCUUAUGGAAAAACCAACAACCUGCCUAUUAGAUUGGAAGAAUUAAACCAAUACUCGACACUAUUUUUUCAGGAUGAUCUUUAUCCUGGAAAGAAAAUAGUAUUGGGUAACACUCAGUCUGUUGCAAAGACCACUCACAGAACCAAUACAAGGUGUGACUGA